UUAAACACAAGGAAGAAGUUAAGAAUUGUGCACCGCGUUUAUGUAGCGCAUUGACUCUUAUCCGCGAUUUGGAGCUACAGAAACCCGGUCCUUUUCGGUUGUGUUGAGAGAACCGGCCUUCAUAUAUUGGGAGAAGGUUAUUAGGCGGCUGGUAACGUGCUUUAAAUGCUUGGACUGUGAUCAAUUAAGUCGUCCUCGCUGGUUGGAGUGUAUUGUUCAGUAGUUCAGAAUUCCGGAAAUACAUUUGGCUUGGAGUACUUAAUACAUAUACAGCUCGGUCACCCUGCUGAGGAGUGUAAGGGCGUUUGGAGAGAGAGAAAAACUAACCCUCGUCAUGUCCAUGGAGUGUGUAAGUGCCCUGGUGCAGAAUAAGAGACAGCGGGAGGAAGAGCACAGCCAGUGGGACUGCCAGUCGAAAAGAGCAUGCACUGGAUUGGGAAAUUGCAUCGAGGUCAGAUGUGAUGUUGUGAUGGACAGCCCAAUGGAUUCAUGGGACACUCCACAAGUUGGCCUUCAGAACGGCACCAGUGCAAAUCACCACGUCACCACUAUGGUUCUUGCUACAGCUCAGCAAUCCUGCCCCAGAUGCAUGGCAGGAGAACCGGGCCAUAUAAAUCAUAUCAUGCAGAGAUAUUGAUCACAAGGUCAGACAGGUCUGGAGAGGAUGAAUAAGAAAACAGAUUGCAGGAUCUCUUGGAGUGGAGGAACAGCCUGCUCUUUGGCCAGUUCAUAUCACAACACAUUCUGUGCCUUAUUUAUCACUACAAGUACUUGACUUCUCAGUUCUAAUCUUGCCUGUGGGUAUUUUCUUUCUUUUUUCCCUUUUUUUUAUAUAUAUAAUAUCAGCACUUCAAUGACUGCUGUUUAAUGGAAGGGCUAACCACAGGUGAUUACUAAAAAUUUCAGGUUAUCACAUUUAAUAUGAAUGCUUAUUUAGUUCCUAAUACAGUCUAGUUUGGAGAGCAGCCAGUGAUGGUUUUUGUUUGUGUAUUUAAUGUAGACCAAAUGCAUUUCACGUUAUUAGUAUGUCUACUUGACUGUAGGAUUAAAUGUUUCACGUAUGUUUUAUUUAAACUAUGAUAGUCAUUUAAAUGUUCACUUUGCUAAAGAUUUUAUUAGAUUGGUUCUAAAAUCUAGGAAAUUGUUCUUUAUGAAUCCAGAGACAAAUGUUUUCAAAAUCAGGCCAGUAGAGAAAAAUUGCACUGAGAUGUAUUAUGUAAUUAUGAAAGGGUCUUUUUUUUCCCUUUCUGUUUUGUUUUACAUUUGUAGCAUUUUAACAUGCAACACUGUAUUUAUAUAUUAAUAUUGUUUUUUUCCCUGUUGUAAAUGCUGCAUGAAUAUUUGAGGGGGUAGGGACACAUUUGCUUUUUUACCAAUAUGUAUUAUCACCUUGGUAUAACAAUACCACUUUCUUGAUUAUGUAAUACUUUACAUAAAGAUUAAUUUGAAGAA